ACCUCCUCCAGUCACCAUUUCUUCCUUUGAGACCAAGAACGGAUUCCAGCUUUCUUUAACCCUUUUCUAUUUCAUGCACCAGAAAAACAUAUAUAUGCGUUGAAAGAUGACAAAACUCUAUGGAAGAAAGACAUGGUUGAAGGGAAAUAUGAUCGAUUGAGGACUCAAUUGUGGAUGGAAGGCAAAAUUCUGCAAAAAUCAAAGGGAUUUGGGGAAAAUUAAAGGUAAAUUCCGUUUCAAUUGUAGGCAGGUAAAGCUUUCUUGUUCGCUAAAUUUUUUGUUUUCAAUUUCAAGGAUUCAAUGCACUUUACUUGUUCUAUUCGUUUCUUGUUCCUGCUAUAUCACUGGAAUCCCUGAACUGUAAUCCUUAUAGCAAUCCGAUCACAGGUGAUUUUCUGAAACUUUGAAUCGAUUUUCCUGUUUUCUGAAUGUUGUAUUGUGUUUUUGUUUCCGAUCCCAAUGAUUCGAUUUGUUCUGCCUGUUCGUGUUUGGUUUUGAAACUCGUUUCUAAGAUUUCUGGCAUUUUGUAGUAUUCGCACCUUAAAUUUUAACCAUAAGAAUAUAUAGAAUCUUGCAAGUGCUUUCGAUUUCCAUGGUUCCAUGCAUUUUUACUUCUUUGUGUUGUGAUUUCAAACUUGUCCCAUUUUGUAGAAUUCAUAACUUAAAUUCACAUAGAAGCGUCUAAUUGUGGUAGUUAUUAAUUUGGUUGUAGGGUUAAAGGUUGCAGUAGAGUGGUCAUGGAUUGGCUCAGUGCUUCUGCACCUCCUAUGAUAGUUUCUGAUCUUGAUCAUACAAUGGAUCCAUCUGUUGUAACUGUCCGUCCUACUGGUGUUGAGAAACCUCUACAUGAACGCAUACAUGAAUUGAAAGGGUGGUAUGGAGACAAGCAGGGAAAAAGGUUUCGGGUUUGGGUGGAUUGUGUAUUAUCUACACAGACUGGUUCAAGCACAUGGCUGG